CUUAAGACCACAACAUGGAGCAGGAAUCACUGGUCUCUGAGCUACAGAAAGCAUCGAUCAGCAACCCAGCAGACAUUUCGGUCAUCUCCUUCUACUUCCUUGUGGUCAUUGGAGUCGGGCUAUGGUCCAUGUACCGGACCAACCGGGGUACUGUCGGGGGAUAUUUCUUGGCUGGUAGGAACAUGGUAUGGUGGCCGAUUGGUGCUUCUCUGUUUGCAAGCAACAUUGGCAGCGGGCAUUUUGUGGGUUUGGCAGGCACUGGGGCAGCUAAUGGCCUGGCUGUGGCAGGAUUCGAAUGGAAUGCAAUGUUUAUCGUUCUUCUCCUUGGAUGGCUUUUUGUCCCGGUUUACCUCACAGCUGGGGUCAUCACAAUGCCGCAGUACCUGAAGAAACGCUUUGGAGGCCAGCGAAUCCGCCUCUACCUCUCCAUUCUUUCCCUUUUCAUGUAUAUCUUUACCAAAAUCUCGGUAGACAUGUUCUCUGGGGCCGUGUUCAUUCAGCAGGCCCUGGGCUGGAACAUAUAUGUGGCCGUCAUUGCUCUCCUGAUAAUCACCACCAUUUAUACAGUGACAGGUGGGUUGGCAGCACUGAUGUACACAGACACUGUCCAGACUUUCGUCAUGGUUGGCGGAGCCUUUAUUCUUAUGGGUUUUGCAUUUAAUGAAGUGGGCGGCUACCAGGGGCUGUUUGAUAAAUACAUGAAUGCCCUUCCCAGUCGGAUGGUUUCCCCCAUGCCGGCCGUCUACAACAUCUCUGCCUCCUGCUACAUGCCCCGGGAAGACUCUUUCCACAUGAUCAGGGACGCCAUCAGCAGUGACUUGCCCUGGCCAGCUAUUAUUCUUGGUCUUUCCGUAAAUUCUCUGUGGUACUGGUGCAGUGAUCAGGUUAUUGUGCAGAGAUGCCUGGCAGGGAAGAACCUCACCCACGUCAAAGCUGGCUGUAUCCUUUGUGGCUAUCUCAAACUGCUGCCCAUGUUUAUCAUGGUUAUGCCGGGCAUGAUCAGCCGAGUCCUAUAUCCAGACGAGGUUGCAUGUGUCAUCCCGGAAGAAUGCAAACGGAUCUGUGGCACAGAAGUUGGGUGUUCUAAUAUUGCCUAUCCCAAACUGGUGGUGUCCCUCAUGCCAAAUGGCCUCCGGGGACUCAUGUUGGCUGUGAUGCUGGCUGCUUUGAUGAGUUCACUGGCUUCCAUCUUCAACAGCAGCGGCACCCUGUUCACCAUGGACAUCUAUAACCGCCUGAGGCCACAAGCCAGAGACAAGGAGCUGCUGAUAGUGGGCAGGGUGUGGAUUCUGCUGCUUGUGGGAGUCAGUAUUGCAUGGAUCCCGGUGGUGCAAGCUGCCCAGGGUGGACAGCUUUUCGAUUACAUCCAGUCUAUCAGCAGCUACUUGGCCCCACCAAUUGCUGCCGUCUUUCUGCUUGGAGUCUUUGUCAAAAGAGUGAACGAGCAGGGUGCAUUCUGGGGUUUGGUGGGAGGACUAGCGAUGGGCAUGGCCCGGAUGAUCCCAGAAUUCAUUUACGGGACAGGGAGCUGCCUCUUCCCCAGCGCCUGCCCUCGCCUGAUCUGUGGUGUCCACUACCUCUAUUUUGCUGUCAUCCUGUUCUUCACAUCGGCAGCCAUCGUGAUAGGUGUCUCUCUUUGCACCUUACCUAUCCCAGAUAAACAUCUGCAUCGCUUGGUGUUCAGCCUCAGACACAGUAAGGAGGAACGGAUAGAUCUGGACACUGAGGAAGAAGAGGAGGCCAAGAAGAGGCAAGCAGCACGAAAGCAGCACCAAGAACAAGCCGAGAUGUCAGCUGCCAAGAAUGGGAAACUGGAGCAUGGGCUGGAGGUGGAAGGUUCCAAAGCAGCACCUUCCUCUGGCUGGCUGCGUCAGUGUGUUGGCUGGUUCUGUGGGCUGGGAACAGGCAGCCAAGAGCAGGAAGAGCCCAGACCAGAGGAGAAAGCAGAAGAGAGCCAGCGCCUAACGGACAUCACGGAGCACUCGACUUGGAGAGCUGUUGUCAACAUCAACGCUGUGAUCAUGAUGGCCCUUUCCAUGUUCUUGUGGGGCUACUAUGCCUGAGCGUCGCUUAUGACCUUUAACCUCUGACCCCAACCCUCUGGAUUUGCCUCUGAGGAACAGCAGGUGAAACAAGAUGGAAGCACAGCUGGAAGGGAACUUAAAGGCUAUCAAGGCCAACCAAUGUCCAUAAGCCUAUCUGUGAUCAAUCCAUAACCAUCUAGAUGACAAGCGCAAGCAGGGCAGUAUGUUGCCCUGGCAUCUUAGUUUAUCCGUGCCAGCACACCACCCUCCCCUCCCUUAUCACCUCCAAGUUACAGCAUAGAUCAUGUAGAAAAUACAUAUAUCCAAGUGGAGGGGAGGACUAUGUUCUUCACAGUUGCUCCGGUGCCUUAGCCCCUAAGCUUUCUUGGCCCCCAUUUGUUAUCUAUACCCAUGUCUUGAACAAGACAUGCACACUUCAUAAUUGCUCACCCACAUCAUCUCCCUCCCCUUGCUAUACUUGCACGCCUCCUCCAAACCACACAUUUCUCACAGUUUUCACUGCCUGAGCAUCAACCACAAGAUCAUGAACCCCCUCCUAUUCCUACCCCACUUGUAACUAUCCAGAUUCAGGCUUAGGGAAGACAGAAAACAAGUGAAUAAACUGA